UGUGUGUGUUUAAAAAAACAUUUUGGUCAUUUAGCAGAUAUUUUUAUCCAGAGUGACUUAGUCAAGUGAACCAGAGUUACCAGCUCUAUUAUUGUUUCCCUGGCCUCUGUGUGCCCAUCUACUCAGGCUCUGCGUGUGUCCAUGGAGGAGCAGAGACAGAGGCAGGAGGAGGAGGCUCGCCAAGUGGCUGUUGCUUCUGCAGCCGAUGUCACCACAGUGUAUGAAUCUGAGGAUGCCCUGCUAAAGAUGUCGGUAACUCAGCCUGAGACUGGUAGAGCUGCAGUGCUGCCUGACUGCAGCAAUAUAACCGAGGAGGAGCAGAUUGCAUAUGCCAUGCAGAUAUCCCUGGCCGGAGAAGAGUAUGGAGAUGUGAUGGCUAUGGACACAGGUGCCCCCAUGGACACUGAGACUGCCAAGGAGGAUGAUGACUAUGAUGUAAUGCAGGACCCAGAGUACCUCCAGAACGUUCUGGAGAACUUGCCAGGUGUCGACCCUAACAAUGAGGCCAUCCGAAACGCCAUGGGCUCCCUGGCCUCCCAGACAGGCCCACCCAAGCCUGGCAGCAAGUAGGACGAGGAGAAGAAGAAAUGAGGAAUGGGGACAGACAGAUUGACGACACCCAUGUGGCUGCAUCCGAAAUGGCACCGCACUGGUCUAAAGUAGUGCACUAUAAGGAAUAGGGUACCAUUUCAGAUGAAACCAUGGACAACCAGACAAAGACAUGACACAUAUAGGGUUGACACUGUCAUACGGGAACACAGUUGGACGGACACGAAUGCAUGAUAUGACUUACUGAUGACGGACUGUCGACAAUAUCCACAAGAAACCCACAAGCACACACAAAUAGACCAGACAACAGUAAGACCAAACUGGGAUGCCACCAGUCUUUACUGCCAUUCAAUGGAAUAUGAUCUUCUUCUCUGCAUAUAAUCUCAGUGUAAUAGACAUCAUUUCUGGUUUCUCACUGAUUUACCCUGUCCUAACUGACUUACUCGCCAACUGGCAUUAUAAGUGGCAUUUAAUGACAGGUCCCCAAGCUUGUAAACUAAACAGUAUCCAUCUUUCAUUUUUCCUUUUUUUUCUGUUGCAAUAAAAAAGAUGGAUGAAGCUUGUUUGUAUGAAUGUUUUCUUUUAUGACCCUCUCUACUCCAUAUAGCUAGAAUAGGAACGUUUUAAUAAGAGAACA